AUGUGCCCUUGGCAGCAGCAGCAGCAGCAGUACGAGCGCGACGAGAAGAACACGAGAGCCAAGGAGACGAAGCUAAUAAUCGUCGUCGGGCUGCUCGCGGUCGCCGUGAUUGCCCUCAUCGUCACGCUCACUCUUCAAAUAGCCGUUUUCGGCAAACAGGAGUACAAGGAGAUGUGUCAGAGCGAGGAGUGCAUAAGGACCGCUGCGAGAGUAAUAGAGGGCCUGAAUAAAAGUGUCGAGCCCUGCGAGGACUUUUACAACUUCGCCUGUGGAGGAUGGAUUGCCAAGCAUCCCAUACCCCAGAGUGAAACUUCCUGGGACCAGUUGAGUUUCUUGAGGGAGGAACUUCUAAAGAACCUCAGGAUACUUCUCGAGGAAUCGGAUCACGACGAUGACCCCACGUCCGUUAAGAUGGCCCGAGCCUUUUACAGGACCUGCAUGGACACCGUUAGUGUCGAGUCGCUCGGCCUCUCGCCAAUUUUCCACAUAAUGGAAAGACUGGGACUGCCCAAGCAGCUGCCCAUGAACAACAACGAGGCACAAAAGCUCGACGUGGCCAAGCUGUCGGGCAUGGUGCAGCGUCUCCUCGGGCUCAACCUCUUCGUAACCUUCGACAUCAGCGAGGACGUGCAGGACACGACGCGUAACAAAAUGAUGAUGGAACAAGUAUCGCCGGGCUUUAGCGAGCGCUAUCUACUCGACCCUCAGCGCUUCCAGUCGGAGCUCCAGGAGUACAAGAAAUACAUAAAAUCCAUGGUCGAAUUGAUCGGUGCUGGUGAGAAGAGCAGCGAGUUCGCCGAGGAAAUUCUGGAAUUCAGCACACGUAUUGCUAAGAUUUUAACGACUCCGGAGGAACGUCGAAGUGCCAACCACUUUUUCCACGAAGUCACCGUCGAUCAGCUGCAAAAGGUGACUGAUAUGGAGAUGCUUCAGUGGAACUGGACGACGUAUUUGAGCAACGUCUUCAACAAUACAAACGUUACCAUAUCGUCGACCACCGACCAGAUAAUUAUCAUAGACCUGAAGUACCUGCAGAAGCUGCCACGACUGCUCUGGGUGACGCCGCCCGCUACCUUAGCUCGCUACGUCUGGUGGAUCGUGUACUCGACGAUAGCACCCCUCACGCUCCAGCAAUUCCGCGACCUGGACUUUCAGUUCUCGCGGAAGGUAUUCGGUCUCAAGGAGAAGACCCCGAGGUGGAAGAGCUGCACCGGUAAUGUCAACGCGGACUUUGGCAUGGCGCUCAGCUACAUGUACGUGCGUCGGCAUUUCGACGAGGAGUCGCGCGAUAAGGCGCUGAAUAUGCUGAUGGACGUACGUACGGCAUUCGACAAGAUGGUCGCGGAGCUCGAGUGGAUGGAUGCGGGGACUCGGGCCCGUGCCCACAGGAAACUCCACGCCAUGCGGCCCUUCGUCGGCUUCCCCGACUGGAUCACCAAGUCGGAAAAACUCGACAAGUUCUAUAGCGGGGCUGAGGUCGUAGAUGGUAAGCUCUUCGAAACUAUCCUCAAGUUGACCAACAUCGGAUUGAGAAAAAGGCUGGACAGCUUGAGGGAGAAGCCCGACAAGAACAGGUGGAUAAGCUCCGGGACAAGGGUGAACGCCUUUUAUAGCGCCAGUUUGAAUUCAGUCACGAUACCGGCAGGAAUUCUUCACCCUCCAUUUUACGGGAACGGACUCCAAUCCAUAAACUACGGAGCGAUGGGUGCGAUAAUGGGCCACGAAUUAACGCAUGGCUUCGACGACCAAGGUCGGAAGUACGACGAGAACGGGAAUCUGCGAGAAUGGUGGAGCGAGGAGACGCUGCGGCAUUAUCACGCCAAAGUCGAGUGCAUUAUCAAGCAGUACGGCAGCUACCAUUUACCGGAGCUGGGUAACAAUUUCACGGUGAACGGUAUCAACACGCAAGGUGAAAACAUCGCGGACAACGGAGGGAUUCGCGAGGCUUACAGGGCGUACCAGAAGCUGAAAUCACGCAAUCCCAAUCAGCUCGCGCUACCCGGCCUCGUCGACUACACCCAAGAUCAGCUGUUCUUCCUAGGAUUCGCCCAGGUCUGGUGCGGCAAUCAUACCAGCGGGGCGCUAAAAUCACGACUCGUCGAGGGUAUGCACGCGCCCAACCACUUCAGAGUCAUCGGGACACUGUCGAACAACGUCGAGUUCGCCGAAGCCUGGAAAUGUCCGACCGGAAGUCCCAUGAACCCGGCGCACAAGUGUAUUCUGUGGUGACCCACGGAUCCUCGCAUCGAUUAACGAGAGGAGCAUCGGAGGAUGAGGACGGCGAAGACGUUG